CGUUGUUACAUCUUCUUGACAGUUAUUUUCUCAGAAUUCAUGGCUGCAGGAUAAGUAAUAAAUUAUGAUUGUUAUGAUAAGUAAUAAAUUUAUUAAUAAAAAAUAACUGAAAAUAAUUUACCAAUACCACAACUAAACCGUAUUUACCAAAGACGAAAAAUCUGAUCCUUUCAAAUGUUUUCAUGAUUGGCAUUGGCCAUCCUCCAGUUUUCCUUCUAUUCUUCGUGUUUAGGGUUAUAGUUGCUUGGAUUGCAUUUUCUCAAUAUGAAUAGAAGAAAAGAAUAAAUAAAUAAAUGAAUAUUGUAUUUUUGAGGUUUUGCCGGCAAUAAUAAAGUGGAUGAAAUGCUUAGUUCUAUAUGAGAAUAAAAUUAGAGGUGUUCGGUCAUGAGAGAUUGACAUAAAUUGCGAUGUUGUGUUAAUAUUCUAGCGAGGUCUGAACAUGUUUAUUUGGAACACUAGGUGCAGUUGUGGCUUAGAACUCUGGGGUCGAGUUUCCUGUUUAUGCCAAGCGAGGAAGUGAAAUCGAAGACGGGGAAACCACGGGAAGUGACGAGUUAGAAGGCUAGCCAUUUCGAGAUAGAUAUAGAUUUUAGAUAUAGAUCAUGAUCUUGUAAAUUGGAUUUUUAUUGGAGAUUUUAUAAAUUCAUUGAAUGGAUUGUUAGUUACAAGAGAUUUGACCUUGAGAUUUUGGUGGCAUCAGAUUGUGGUAUGAUAAGUUCCGAGUCUUGUGCAUUUGUGGGACCUUCUCACGAGUGCACGGUGUUUGUCGCGUCGCGAAUUCGGGUUUUGGGGCGUGACAUGUAACAACGUUCCCUUUAGGCAAGUCAAAAGCAUGGAAAACCCUAGGUUUGUGGAAAGAAUUAAUGUCAAAGAACUAUUGGAGAGGAUAUCUAUUCGAUUGAAUCUAGGCCAGCCACAAUAUCAAACAAAUCUAAGUGAUGAUGGGAAUUAUGCCUCCAGCGUUCAACUAAUCCAAGAAGAGGAUUAUAUUGCUAUGAAAUUAAUUUACAAUGGCUAUCCUUUUGCAACUAUAGAAGAAGCGGAACAAUCUGCUGCAAAACAUGCUAUCUUAGAGCUAGAGAAAUCUCAUGAUUUUGCAAUUGAAGAUGUUAAUUACACCAAAAUGCAAGCUUUCGAAGAAGCUCUUCAAAGACAGUCUUGCUUGCGGGAAGUGGAGAAAGAAAAAGAAGCAGAAUAUAAAGAUCAUGUUUCAAGUAUUGUUGAAGGACUUAGAAAAAUGUUACAAAGAAUGAAAAUAUCUUACUAUAGCAAGAAGAAGAUGAAUGUGCUUCUAAACAAUAUCUAAUAAUUUUCAUAUUAUGUAGAAUUGACUAUCCAUGAUAUAAUAUAAAUAAAAUGUUCCUAAGUAA